AUGGCUGAGGACACUCCUGCCGCAGCACCCGCUGCUGAGUCGUCGGUUGAGCGCGCUCCUGCUGAGCCCAAGACCGGUGUCACGGAAGCGACAUCCGAACCUUCCAAGGAGGACAAGGCAGAGGAUGCUAAUGGAUCGGAAGAAAAGCCAUCUGGUAAGCACCUCCCAGAGAACCUCUCCGUUUGGGAUCCAUCGCGUGUCUUGGAGAAGAGCGCGUGCGUGUUGUUUUUGGACAUGGGCCGCUGA